AUGAGCGACGACCCUUCUUUCCCUCCUUCUUACAGAGACUACAGCGAUAGAGACACACGAGAAUCGUAUUCAAGAAAUGCAUCCCGUUCACCUCACAAUCGAUCCUAUUCUCGCGAUGCUUCCCUCUCGCCACACAGCAGACGCCCACACCUGAAAAGCUCCAGCCGACAUCACUACCACCACGAUUCAGAUGACGACUAUUACCGCCAUCGUCGCCACCGAUCGUCGUCUCCUCGUCAUGGUAGACGAUCCUCUUCACGACACCAUCGUUCACGAUCGCCACCACCUGCACCAUCCGUACCAGGAUCAGGAUCUGGAUCAGGAUCACACGCUUCUUCUUCAGCACGACGUAGUAGCAAAGGAUGUCGCGUCUAUAUGGGAAAUCUUUCAUACGACUGUCAGUGGGAGGAUCUCAAGGACUUUGCACAAGAAGUUGGAACAGUAGUCAAUGCCAAUGUGCUCAUGACACCCAGCGGCAAAUCCAAAGGAUGUGGUGUGGUGGAAUACUCACGUCCUGAAUAUGCAGAGCGAGCCAUUCGAAAUCUCAAUCGAACCGAGUUCAUGGGAAGGCCUGUAUUUGUGCGAGAAGAUCGGGAAUUCGAACCCAAGAUACCCAAAGAUCCACGAGAUGCACCUGAAGACCAGCGUAUCUUUGUCGGCAAUCUUUCUUUCUCUACGAGUUGGCAGGAUCUCAAGGAUUUGUUCCGAAAAGGUGGAAGAGUGACUCACACCGAUGUUGAUGUGGAUGAAGAAACGCACAGACCCAAGGGUUCAGGUUUAGUCAUUUAUGAUGAUCCUCGUGAUGCGGCUGGUGCUAUUGAAAUCUUUAAUGGCUAUGAGUAUCGUGGUAGAAAAUUGCAAGUGUGCUUGGAACGCGAUGCACCACCGCCUCCGCCACCACAAGCUGCUACAACCAAAGGUCAAACAGAGUAUCGUGGAAUGACAUCAAGUACCUCGUAUGAAGGACAUGGCGCACCACCUCCCCCAGCACAUUUCCUUUCAGCACCUAUGGGAUUCGUAGGUGGACCAGCUGCUUCUACACCGAGUCAUGGCCCCAAUCAAAUCUUUGUUAAUAAUUUACCCUAUUCAACGACAUGGCAAGAUUUGAUCGAUUUGUUUAGACAUGUAGGUCCUGUGUUACGAGCAGAGAUUUUACUUGCAAAUGGUUAUCCAAAGGGUUCUGGUCUUGUUCGCUUUGAAGAGUUCACAACAUGCGAGAGGGCUAUUGGCAAAUUCAAUGGUUAUCUUUAUGGUGGUCGUCAUUUAGAUGUGCGACUUGACAAGUUUUCGAUGCCUGCAUAA